AUGGAUGGGGCUUCUUCAAAAUAGUAGUAAUCCUUAGAUGAAGAAUCUUUAAAUGAUGAGAACAGAGAAUCAUAAAAUAAUAUAUUUUUUGAGUUUUCAGUCUAGGAAAAUAACAUUUAAGAAGAGUAAUCCUUAGAUGAAUAAUCUUAAAUUGAUAAGGACAGAGAUUCAUAAAAUGAUUCACCUUAAGAGUUACCAAACUAGGAUAAUACAAUUUAAAAAGAUGGGUAGAAAUCCUAAGAUCAAUCAUCUUUAAAUCAUAGAAACUAAACUUCAUAAGAAAAUUAAUUAAGUAAGUUACCAACCAAAAAUUAAUCGAAGCAAACUUUAUACUUAUAUGAUGAUGAUGGAAGUAUUUUGAAGAAAUGCUCAUUUAAUGAUGAAGCAAUUUAUAAGGAUUGUUAAGUAGAACUUCAUAGUCAAGCAUGCUCUUCACCUCAUAUGAAUGAAGGUGAUUCACAAAGUAAUUAAGACCUAUCCAUUAUAUCGCAAAAAUCUAAUGAAGACCAAUUUAAUAUAAUUUAUGAUCAAAUUUCUCAAACACCUAUAAUAAUAGAAUAUACAAGUAAUCCCAAUCCAAUUGGGAUUACUUCUCCUUAAGUAGAAUAAUAAUUUUAUCCUAAAACUACCAAAAAUUAUUACAAAUGCAUACAUGGAGCUCUACAAAAAUUUAUGGAAGAUAUUCAAGACAAUAUUCAGUUUACUUGUAAAGCUAAAAAAUUUUUAGAGAGCAAUCCUCAAUUUUCUGGAAAAUUAAAAUUAAUAAGGUCAAUAAAGAGUUGUUAAUAGAUGAGGAGUAUAGCAAUGAAAUUUUUGUUAGAUUUUUAAUGGUGUAGAUACCUUGUGAAAAAUAAUAAAGUAGAUAUAGAAAGGUAUUUUAGAUUGAACAAAAUGCUAAUUUAAUAAAUUUAAGAAUGA